AUGUCGGGUAACCAAAAAGAGAUGUGGCUCAACAAGGGCAUUCCUGGGUACGGAUUGGACGACUUCGGGCAAACCUGCCGUUCGUACAGCUUUUGUGGCGGUCGAACUGGAAAUUUCGGGGCCGACCGCAAUGCGCGAGUUCCCACCUAUAUUGGUUUCCUCCCGGGCUCCAUAGCGAAAGCUCGAGAACCUGAGGAAACUGUGACAGACAUGGGUAACGUUCUAGUCGGUCAUCACACCUACCUAUCGACUGCCGGUACUACGCUGGCACCCGAUGUAACCUUACUCUUGAUGUCGCCGUAUCGUGCCGAGCUCUGCCGGAUCUCUUCAAAGGAACGAGGAGAUGAAAACUCGUCUGUAGCGGAGCUCCCCAAAGGGCGGAUGGAGCUCAAUGGGCCACCUCCUCCGCACACCCGUACUGGCCAGAACGUCUUGGUAGUCGUCGAUGUCGCUCGAGAUUUUCGUGACGAGGAGCCAGACUGCAGGGAUUACACCAAUCUGCUGGUGGCAUUCCGAAUUCUUCAUCUGGGUCGAGGUAUGUUCCAUGCGCAUGUGGCCUCGCAAUCUCGCGGUACGAGAGCAGAUAACCCCGCCCGACCCUCGUCAGACAAACGCGCUAGUCCAUCUACGAGUGCUUCGACCUCCUCCGUGAUCGAAAUUGAGUGA